AUGCCUGGGCGAAGUCAUCCUCCUUUCGCGCGAGGAUGCAAAACUCAGUGUGAAACUCGUGUGAGAGGCGUUGGCUUGUUCGUUGGCUUGUUCUUGGAAGAGAAGGGGAACUUCAGGAAGGGUUUAGAACGGUCGGUGUAUUUGGGCGCCGAUCGUGGCGACGUCAACGAACACGCGCAUCUGUCGGACGCGUGCGCCUCGACGCUGGAGACGAAUGUUCCCGACGUGUCGCGUCUCGUUCAACGGAUUAAAAUCGGAGGGCAGGUACGCGGUGUUGAUGGACAUCGUUCCGGUGGACAAUAAGCGAUAUCGGUACGCGUACCAUCGGAGCUGUUGGCUGGUCGCGGGGAAAGCGGAUCCUCCGGCGCCGGCGCGGCUCUACGUUCACCCGGACUCGCCGUUUACCGGCGAUCAGCUACGAAAGCAAGUGGUCUCGUUCGAAAAGGUCAAGCUGACGAACAACGACAUGGACAAGCACGGCCAGAUCGUUUUGAAUUCGAUGCACAGAUAUCAGCCGAGGAUACAUUUGGUACGCUGUCGACAAACGGACGACAACAAUCUUCGUAUAACCGAUCUGCAGAAGGAGGAGCAUAAAACGUUCGUAUUCCCCGAGGCGAUCUUCACCGCGGUGACUGCCUACCAGAAUCAAUUGGUGAGUAUGCACUGUGCGUGAUAUGAUGUACACUGCCGCUCGGAAGUAUAUGGACACACCAUUUUUAUAGAAUCUGUGAUGUAUAACACUGUUAUUGUCAGACGAUGUUUCUUAAAAACAUUUCUAGGAACAUAUAUACAGGUACAUGUGUACAGUAACGUAUUAAAUUGAACAAAUUAUUUCUUAAAUAAAUAAAUGUUUAUGCUGUAUCUAAUCAACCGUAAAAUUAAAUGACACAGUUUUAUGAUGUUAAACAUGGAAAUAUUUCCAUUACGAUACGGGGCUAGUUUAGGAAGAUUUAUAUGAUGUAAAGAAUUCAUAGAAUUUAAGGAAGCAAUUUGUAAGCACGGUGGAUAUGCAGAUGGGAAGAAGACACGAAAUUAUCAUUAAUGAAACAAUGAAUUAUUAGUAAAGUAGGUUCUCUAAUACGGGGUACAAGGUAGAAUACACAGAAUUCAUUAAAGACCAAAGAUUUCAUUUUUCAGAUAAAUAGGUAUAAGAAAUGUGUCUACACAUUUUCAAGAGCGGCAGUAUACUUACAUAAUACGUGUACGCGCGAAACUCGACUAAUUUCGCAACACGCGCGGCUGCUUCUCCAACGCAAGUGAACGCGACCAACCUCUUCUUAUCAGCGAAAUUAGUCCAGUUUCUUCGCGCUUGCGAUCGCGAGCGAUUUCAAAUGGGAGCCGGCAAUUAGGCAGCGCGCCGAUAAUGUUGCAGAUAACCAAGCUGAAAAUCGACAGCAACCCGUUCGCCAAAGGUUUCCGAGACUCGUCGAGGCUGACGGAUUUCGAUCGGUAA